CAUCUUCUUGUUGCCGCAUCCCAUCCACUUUGCAUGGGCCGAAAUCCCACCACACUUGCGCGCUUUCUUUCAUGUUACACUCUCGCUGAUGUCGGCUGUCGGCUUCAAUAAUUCCACUUCACUUCGCGCCUGUCUAGGGCCGUCCUCUUUCACAGCAGCAGCAACAGCCGCAGUAAUCAUGAACGCCUCCCGGCAGAUCCAGAGGCUGUCGCCCGCCGCCCCAUUGCGAGUAUCGGGCCUCCGCAACAUCACCAGCAGCAAUACUGUUGUGCCAGUACAGAUUCGCCUUCUUUCCAGCCAGACCUCCCACAUCCAGAACGGGCUUCGGCGGCCAUCUACCCCUCCUUCGCUCCAGCAACAACCCCUCCUCCGAUCGACCUUCCUCCCCAAUUCGCUCAGAUUAGACACAUCACCACCAUCACACAGCCGCUCGUUCCACGCCUCUUCCAGAUCACUUCAGUCCGAGAACGCCAAGGAACGUAAAGUACCAGUAGAAGAGAAGGAGAAGGAGCCAGAGUCCAAGGAGGAGGGCAAGGAGGAGUCCAAGGAAGAGGCCAAGGAGAAGAAAGAAGAGGGUGAGGGCGAGGACUCAGAGGGCAAGAAGGAGGAGAAGGGAAAGAAGGGCGAUGCGCCACCUCCCCCACCACAUGGCGAUAAGACUCCAUGGCAGGUGUUCCUGGACACAAUGCAGAGCGAAUUCAAGCAAUCGAAGGAGUGGAAUGAGUCAACCAAGGCCCUGUCCGCUGGCGCCACCGAGUUUAUCGAGAGCGAAAAGGUCCGCAAGGCCCGUGAGGCCUACGAGGCCACGACCGGUGCCGUCACCAACACUGCCGCGACCGUUGUCAAGACCACUGCUGGUGCCAUCGGCAAGGGUGCUCAGUGGACCUGGGAGACCCGUGCCAUGAAGGGUGUGAGAAAGGGUGCCAACAUUACUGGUGAGGUGCUCGACAAGGCCACCAAGCCAAUUCGUGAGACCGAGGCGUACAAGAAUGUCAAGGAUGUGAUCGACGAUGGAAGCAGUUCGAGAUAUGGUGGGUGGAUCGAGAAGGAGGAGCGUAGGAAGCGGAAAGAGGCUCUAGAGAAGCUCAGGCCACAGACCGAGAUCCAUGAGGAGGACCCCAACGCCGGAACCAACGUCACUCUCCACAAGGACGCCGCCUGGAAGGAAGCCUGGCGCGACUUCCGCGACUCCAACAAGAUGAUGCAGAGCGUCUUCGGCCUGAAAUCAGUCUACCAAGAGUCCGAGAACCCCCUCAUCUCCACCGCCCGCAGCAUCACCGACCGCGUCGCCGGCUUCUUCGCCGAGAACGAGACGGCCAUGGUCAUCAAGAAGGUCCGCACCAUGGACCCGGCCUUCCAGAUGGAGACCUUCCUCCAGGAACUUCGAGAGUACAUCCUCCCCGAAGUCCUCGACGCCUACGUCAAGGGUGACGUCGAAACGCUCAAGCUCUGGCUCUCGGAGGCGCAGUACUCUGUGUACGAGGCCCUGACGAAGCAGUACCUCCAAAACGGCCUCAAGUCUGACGGCCGCAUCCUCGAUAUCCGUGGUGUGGACGUCCUCAAGGCGCGCAUGCUCGACCCUGGCGAGAUCCCGGUUUUUGUUAUUACUUGCCGGACGCAGGAGGUGCAUGUGUACCGCAACGCCAAGACGGGCAAGCUCGCGGCGGGCAUGGAGGACAAGGUCUCGCUUGUGACGUAUGCUAUUGGUAUCACGAGGAUACCUGAGGAUGUCAACAACCCAGAGACUAGAGGGUGGAGGUUGAUUGAGAUGCAAAAGAGCGGGAGGGAGUGGAUUUAAAUUUGCUCCUUCUUUCUUUUGAUUUGGUGUUGUUGGGCAAAAAAAAAGAAAACAAGAAACUUGUAUUAUACGGGAUAAUGUUCAGCAAGGGACAGGAACCAUUUCUCGGCAAAUGUAUAGAAUGGAAGGGGGGUAGGUUGUGCGGCGCCUUGAGCAUUUUCGACACACACACCACACAUGAAAACAAAAACGAACAACAACACCACUCUUAAAAUUUGUUGGCGUGGGAAGGAAUGGGGGGUGGGGGAAAGCGAGCAUCUAUGUGUUGUUUUUUCCAUGAUGCGGACAUUACUUGUAGUUUUUUUAUUGUACAUUAGGGAGAAAGAAGGAAGUGAGAGUCUGGUGGGAGUAUUUGAUGGUGUGUGAGCAAGUUGGCUGGGCCAGAUGAGAGAGGGGGACAAGCAAAAAUGGUGGUAGGAGGAGCUCACCCCGAAUAGCUGGGAAAAAAGGGAGGAUCUCAGUAUCUUUUGCCUUUCUGGAUAAACAUUCUCAUCCAUAUGUACAAUUGUUGUGUAUGCACUAAUGAAGGCUAAAAGAAUGAUCAAAAAAAGUAAAAAGAGAUAUUCAGCGGCACACCACUUCUCUCUUGGAUUACAAUCAUUGAUCAGCUCACACAUCUGUCUCACCCAACACAAAAUCAAGACAAUAGUAACCCAUCUCAUUAGACCAA